CCGAUGGCGGAGCGGCGUGAGUCGCGCUGGUACUUCGGCGGCCUCGCGUCUAGCGGGGCCGCCUGCUGCACCCACCCCUUGGACCUGCUGAAGGUCCACCUGCAGACACAGCAGGAGGUGAAGAUGAGGAUGAUGGGGAUGGCCAUGCACGUGAUUCGCACCGAUGGCUUCCUGGCUCUCUACAAUGGCCUCAGCGCCUCACUGUGCCGGCAGAUGACCUACUCCUUGACUCGCUUUGGCAUCUAUGAGACUGCAAGGGACCGCCUGGGCCAUGGCACACAGGGCCCUCCCCCCUUCUAUCAGAAAGUGCUGCUGGGUGCAGUGGGAGGCUUCACCGGUGGGUUCGUGGGGACCCCAGCAGACAUGGUGAACGUCAGGAUGCAGAACGACAUGAAGCAGCCACCUGCCCUGCGGCGCAACUAUUCCCAUGCCCUGGACGGCAUGUACCGUGUCCUCCGGGAAGAGGGUUUGAAGAAACUCUUCUCAGGAGCUACUGCAGCAUCCAGCCGGGGGGCCCUGGUCACUGUUGGGCAGCUCUCCUGUUAUGACCAGGCCAAGCAGCUGGUUCUUGCGACUGGAGUGCUGUCAGACAACAUCUUCACUCACUUCCUGGCCAGCUUCAUUGCUGGCGGAUGUGCCACAUUCCUGUGCCAGCCUCUUGAUGUGCUCAAGACCCGGCUCAUGAACUCCCACGGCGAGUACCGGGGUAUUGUCCACUGUGCCAUGGAAACUGCCAAGCUUGGUCCCCUCGCCUUCUACAAGGGCUUUGUUCCUGCUGCCAUCCGUCUCAUUCCUCAGACCGUCCUCACCUUUCUCUUCUUGGAACAGCUACGCAAAUAUUUUGGGAUCAAAGUGGUCACCUGAAUAGGAGAGGUGGGAUUCUGCCUUGCCCCAGGCGGGUGAGCGUGCAGGUCACCACUGAGAUCCCAGAACCUUUCUCCACUGUCUGGGGCCGGUGCCGCUCCCCUGCCC